UUCACACAGGUGACACUCCUCCGGGUAUCCCAGAAUUUUCAAGAAACCAAGAGACAACUUGUAUAGAGACACUGUAGAAGGAAUGAGGAGUGAGGAGCUGGCUGUGACCAUGGGAGAAAGCAGUAAGCAGGACUAUGCGGAAGCAGCCUGUGGCCUGUGUGCGGGUCUGCCCCUGGAGCCUGCUGGCCUGCUGGGGGCGUCAUACUCCGAGGCCUGGGGAUACUUUCAUUUGGCCCCGGUACGCACAGGGCACCCGUCAGGCCACUUGGCCACCUGCCGGCUCUGCGGAGAACGGGUGGGAUAUGGCCCUGGCUUCCAGGAGGGAACCUCCACACUGUGGAAGCAUCUGAAGAGCGCGCACCGCCGGGAGCUGGAGAAGAGCGGCGCAGGGUGCUCACCGCCUACUCCACCUUGUCUGCUGCCGCCCUCCAACCCGGCUGCAGCCGCAGAAGGUGACUGGGCACACUUGUUAGAGCACAUGUGUGCGCUGGCAGUGCGCUGCAGCAGACGCGAGCAGGAACUAGAGCGGCGUGAGGCGGCAGUGGAGCUGGGUGAGCGCGCCCUGGAGUGCAGGCGCAGGGAGCUUCAGGAGCAGGAACGCGCUGCGGUCCGAGCGCGCCUUGAGUUGCAGGCUGAGCGAGCAGCUCUGGAGGCGCGGCUGGGCGAGCUGGCGGAGGUGAGGCAUCGCGAGGGCUCCCAGCACUGGGCCGUUGCGUCGCCCCUGCCUUUCAAAGAGGAGGCCGAGGAGGGAAGGGAUGAUGGGUGCGUUGUCACGAAGGUCCUGCUGUAGAGGACCUUGGUUACUUCCACCAGCGCGUGGCAGCGCUCCUGCAAGUGGGACUUGGACCAGUGCUCUCUACAUCUCCUGGACACAGAAUGAAGUGUCGCUGCCACCAAAUGUGGGCCUUCCACGCGAUUCUGAUACCAGAGUAGAACCAAAACCAUUUAUUCUCCAGGUACCUGGGAAAGAGCCCCUUUGGCUUCCUGUGCUGUCAGGCAUUGUCGGGCACAGGAAUGGAGUUGCAUAGCAGAGGAAAACAGCCCUAGUCACUCCAGUGCAGGGCCACUUAGGACUGGUGACUAAAAGGACAGAAGCUUCUUUACACACUAAGGACUUAUUAUACUAUGUGCCUACAUAACAUACCAGCCCAAGGAGAGGGCACGGAAAUGAGGAUAAAGGUUUUUACGCACAGGACAGUUUUACUCAUCAAAUGCAUAAUGUUUGCCCAGUAGCAAGUUGUGUGUGUGUGGGGGGGGGGAAUGCUCUUUAGAGUUUUCUAUAUUUAUUAUCUCUAGAACUUAUCAGGGCUGACUGCCCAGUUUUAUUCCCCUGCCUCCACUUGUUCAACCAGUGCCAGGUGCAACCUGUUUCACCUUGCUGUAUUCAAAUCCAGUGGCAGGUAUAGUACUUUCCCCCUUCCUGCCACCAUAAUAGCAAGACAUCUUGUCACUAGGAAGAGCAGUUCCUUCCCCACAUCUUCAUGGACCUCACUUCUGGGCCAAAACAGAAAGCAUCCUUCCAUCUAAGGCUACAUCUUCCUGCCAUAUUUUCACACCCUUUCUUUUCCACACAGGUGUUUGCUCUCCUAGCAUUAUUCCCUUUCCUGAGUAUCUUCCUCAGCUAUGUUCAGUUUUUCUGUACUGAAAAAAUUCAGCCCAGCAGGGUCAAGUAAUCCUUGCUGCUUCUACUUCCUCCCCAUUUAUUACUUCUUCACUGCCGGUCAGCUUUCCAUGCAACAUUCCACUCUUUCCAAGCCACUACAAUAUGAUUUGUAUUCAGUCUUAUUUUGAUUCAUCUCUCCCUUUUAUAAUCCCUUCUUUGGUAGGUGGAACCUGCUUUUCCUCCAAAGAAUUGCUUUUCCUGGUUGAGCUGGUUCCCAAAUAGUUUUUCUUCAGGCCUCCUUUGUGCUCAUUAAUAUUGAAAAUCUCCAUCAGGGCAAAGUUAGUAAAAUCAAUACCCCAUAUAUAUGUACCGCCUACCUACAUUGAACAAUUGUUAAUAUUUUGCCUUAUUGACAUUUUCUUCUCUGUGCCCUAUGCAUGUGUAAACAAUGUUCCACCCAAAAGGAUUUCAGUAUGUAUUGCCCAAGAAUGAAGCCACGAUUACAGUAACUUUUGUAUAGCCUCUAAUACAAGUCCUGAAACAAGAUGCCCCAAUUGUAUGAAGAAUCACUUUUUUUUUUUUAAAGAACAAGGUCCGAAGUCCAUGCAUUACUACUAGUUAUAACUUACAUCUCAUAGUUUAGAACAGCCUCCUGAUGAUUCUUCCCCCAUGACACACUUUUUGAAGCUUAUACCUAUAUUCUGGAUUUGGCUGAUUAUUUUCCAGGACAAUUUCUAUUCUAUACUCCUUGCUCAUCUCAUAGAGAUACAAUUAACUGUCCCAGCAACUCCUAUCUCCAGGCUCAACUGGGUCUAACCCUUCAUGCCCAGUCCCAUUAUAUGUCACUUGCCCCUAUUUGCAUAUCUUCCCAUCACAAAUGGAAGGCGGAAACUAUUCAACUGCAUCCUGUCUUUCACAAAAAGCAAAUAUUUUCUUGGCACUUAAAGUAUACCAGGCACAUAAUACACAUUCUACAUGUAUUAUCUCACUGUAUUCUUACAGCAGCUCCAUGGGGGAGACAUUGACACUAUAUUUUACAAAUAAGAAAAGGGAGAUAAAGGGGUUAAGUAGCUUGUGCAAGAUCACAGCUAGUGAGUAGGGAUGGGAUCCAAAUGCAGUAAGUCCUUCAGGAUGCAAUUCUCCUUCCAGAGAGCUCCACAUCCCUCUUAGUCACUGGGAUGGACGCCUAUUUCCUUCCUAACUCCAUUUUUAGUUACUGAGUAACUGGAAUUAGUGACAUUAACAUUUACUGAGCAUUUACCAGGUUUCACAGCUGGGCUAAAUACCUUACAAGAAUUAUUCUGCAGCACAGCAACUCCAUGCAUACAUCCAUUUUGUAGAUGAGACAGGCUCAGAUGACUUAAUGUCUUCAUAAUCAUAUAACUGUUAUAAAGCAGAACAGGAUUUGAACUUCAGUCUCAUUGACUCCUAGGCACUUGCUCUACUAAGUCUAUUUCUGUAAAAUAUUGCUCCUGCCUGCCUUCUGUCGUCAUGGCUCAGAACUCAUUUGUCAUUCAUCUGGGAUUCAUCUUACCAUCCUUGUUUUCUCAUAACCACCCACUACCUAACACCAUGGCCAAAAAAUUGUCUGCCCGAGGUUAAUGUUGAUUACAUCGAUUUUCCUGCUAAAAAAUUGAGAUCACACAUCACUUGCUUAUUAUAGCAAACUUUGUGGCCUUACAUUCUCUUCCUCCUCCCCCACCCUGUGCCAGUCUUAUCUAUCCCCUCCCCUACAUGUACUAUAUGCUCCAACCAAACUGAACUCUCUUCCUGACAUGCCCUGAUCUUGACACCUCUGUGCCUCAAUCCGCUUUCCCUCCACUUAAACCCCUUCAAUCUGAGAAUGAAAAAUCCUACCCAAAAAUGGGGGUAUAGUUUCGUGGUACUGCCCUUGCCAGGCAUGUACAAGGUCCUGGUUUCAAUCCCCAGCACCUCAAAAAAUAAAAAUUAUCCCCCUUUUCCACAAAACUUGCUUUGAUCUCUCCUUAUUGAGAGGCAUUUUCUUACCUUCUUGGAUUCUGCUAAGCAUUUUGUGUCACAACUCUUCAUUUAGCACAUGGCUGUGUGGGUUCUUGUCUUACCAACCCUGUCAGACCCUGAGCCCUUGGGAUAAGUUGUUCUCAAUUCUUCUACUCUUACAGUGCCUUGCAAAUAAUAGAUGCUCAAUAAAUAUUUGAGGUAUGGAAUCCACUUGGUUUAAGACUUUUACAAGUUAGUUUUCCUGUAAUCGGUAAUAUGAUUCUUCUUGUCUUUUAUUCUCUGAGUAUAAGUCCUAACAGAAAAGAAAAAAAAAAAAGCCUAAAAGGAAGUAGCAAUCAUUUUCUGAAGCUCUAUAGUCAAUAAAGAUUUUAAAAGUUCCA